UUUUUAAUUUCUUGGUGUUUUUUAAAAUCAAACAACCGUUGUUUAUUAUUUAUAAAUGCAACAUAAACUACUCUAAAAUUAGAAUCUUGUGUACCUAUAUGAAUUAUUAUGAGGUGAUUCAACAGGAUGUAAUCGUUUGUUGUGAUUUAUGUAGCAAUUUUUGGACUGUAGCACUUGUUUGUUUUGAUUUCUAACCUGUUAGAAAAUCACCCACCUGUUACAUCCGUUUUUAAAAUGGGCAAUUGGAAGAAGAUUGAAAAUGAAAACGGAUUUAUAUAUUAUGUAAAUGAAGAAAAGGGUAUUAAACAAUGGGAUCAUCCAAAAUUUUCAGAUGUUAAACAAGGAAUUGAUGAGUGCAAUUAUGUAACUUACCCCUCUUACAGACUAGCUUUAAAAUUUCGAGUUUUGCAAAGAGGUUUAUUUAUGGAAGAAGUAUCUUUAUCAACUAUAAUUAGUAUAUUUGAAAGACAUAAGCUAGGAAAUAAUGAAAAUAGCUUAGUGUUAGAAACCUGUGAUUUAGAAUCAGUGCUAUCGGAUAUAUUUUUUGCAGCUAAUAAAAGAAAUCAUACAAACACUGAUAUAGAUUUUGCUUCAGAACUAGUUUUAAAUUUAUUAUACAAUACUUUUGACUGUUUCAGAGAAGGAAAUAUUCAAGUUUUUUCUACUAAAAUUCUAGUGGGAUUGUUAAGUAACUGCACACUUUUGGAUUAUUAUAAAUAUCUAUUUUCUAUAUGUUCUGACCAUAACUAUUGCAUUACAAGGGUGAGACUUAAGGCAUUGCUAAUGAAAAUGUACGAUAUUAUAAAAUAUUUGCACGAAGAUGUAUCUUUUGGACCUCAAGUGGUAAAUUCUACAGUUGAGAACUGUUUUCAAAAUUCUCCAGGUUUGGUAGGAAUAACAGAAAGUAGUUUUGUUACGUGGCUGGAAAGUGAACCUGCGUUAUUAGCUUGGAUACCACAAAUUUAUAAAUUGAAAUUUGCUGAAACAAUUAUGCAUGCUGUUAAAUGUACAACUUGUAAAACGAAGCCACUAAUGGGUCUAAAGUAUUCUUGUGUAAAAUGUUCAAGAUAUAUUCAGUGUCAGAGAUGUUUUUUAACUGGACGUAUUAGUCAUUCUCAUAAACUUUCUCAUUCUGUCAGAGAAUAUUAUGGAGAGUCAGUGAACAAUAAAGAAAAAUCUAAUGAUUUAAUUAAAAUUUUUUGUGGGUUAUUUUGUUCCAAUUCAUCAGUUGCACAUUCUGUAGUUAUUAAUCCCACCAGUUGUGUAAUGAAAGAUAUUAAAUUAUACCAGUCUUCAAUUUCAAUGGACAUAGAACCUCUAUCAUCACCUCAGACACAACUUCAAAGUGUUAUAAGGCAAUUGGAGUCUCAGAACAGAGAACUUCAACAAAUGCUUAUAUUUGGAAAUUACAAUGACAAAGAAAUAAAGAAAUACUUGGAAGAAUAUCGUAUAUUUAUGGCAGAGAAUAUUAAAAAACUUAAAGUAUUAAAGAACCAAAUUAAUAUUGUACACAAAACAAAAUCUACUGGUAAAAAUUCUCCAAUUGAAAUUCCUAAUAUACAAUCUACACCUAUAGUGCAGUACAAUAAUAAUCCCAAAAUAAUGACAUUAAGAAAUUUGAGCCCAAUCACCAUGAUAACUGAAUUAGAAGACAAUGAAUCUCAGCUUGGUCAUGAUGAUAUUGAUCGCCAUUCUUUAAGCUUGCAAAAUGCCAAUCAAAAUGAAAAUAAUGAUUUUGAUAUUUGGAAUAGAGAAAAUGGGCAGAAUGCAAGAGAACCUGAAGUGUUUACAACUGUAAGUGCUCCAAGGUCACCAGUUAAACUUUUGCAUAAUGACUUAGACGAAGCCUUGGCAAAAUUACAGCAGAUUUUAGCCAAUAAUUUUUCUCUUGAAGAUUCCUUGAAUCCCAUGGAUAACUGCAAUUUAAAAUAUGCAGUAACUGAAGUAGAAGGUAUGCUGACAUCCAUUAUUGAUAACGUUGAAUCAAGUAGAAGUAGUUCUGCUUUGCCAUGUAAGAUUAGAGCAUAAGGAAAAUAAGACUGAUUUUUUAAAUUUUAUCUUUUCUAUAAUUUUAUAUGUUUUAAUAAGAAUGGUUUAUGUGCAAUUAUU